GGAGGCGAAGAGGCCGUCGGAGGAAGCGCUGAGGAGAUGGCGGUCCGCUGUGUGGCUCGUCAAGAACCCCCGCCGCCGGUUCCGCAUGGUUGCCGAUCUCGCCAAACGUUCCCGCGCCCACCGCGAUCGCCGCCAAAUGCAGGAAAAGAUGCGAAUACUUCUGUAUGUACAAAAGGCUGCAUUGCACUUCAUUGAUGCAGCCAGCCAAUAUGAUCAGCCAAGCAUUACAGAAGAGGUGAGGCAGGCCGGUUUCCACAUUGACCCGGAAGAGCUUGCUUCCAUUGUCCGUUCCCACGACUCAAAACGCUUGGAGUUGCAUGGAGGAUUGAGAGGUUUGGAACAAAAGUUAUCUCUUUCUCUUGAAAACGGUGUUCCCCUGAGUGAGAUCACGAAAAGGCAAAAUAUCUUCGGGUUGAACAGAUUUGUUGAGAAACCUUCUAGAUCUUUCUGGAGCUUCAUAUGGGAUGCCCUACAAGAUCUUACUCUCAUCAUCCUCAUGGUUUGUGCUGUAGUCUCUAUAUCCAUUGGUAUCGCCACUGAGGGGUGGCCAAGAGGGGUUUAUGAUGGGGUGGGGAUACUUCUUUGCAUUCUCUUGGUGGUUUUGGUCACUGCAGUCAGUGACUAUAGGCAGUCGCUGCAGUUCAAGGACUUGGAUCAAGAAAAGAAGAACAUCAAGAUUCACGUAACCCGAAAUGGGAAAAGAGAAAAAGUUUCCAUCUAUGAUUUAGUGGUAGGGGAUGUAGUCCACCUGUCCAUUGGAGAUGUAGUCCCUGCAGAUGGGCUGUUCAUAUCAGGCCACUGCAGCUUAUCCAUUGAUGAAUCCAGCUUGUCAGGGGAGAGUGAACCGGUUAAUGUGGAAGAAAAAAACCCAUUUCUUCUAUCAGGGACCAAAGUACAAGAUGGGUCAGGGAAAAUGGUCGUGACAGCUGUUGGGAUGAGAACAGAGUGGGGGAGAUUGAUGGUUACCUUGAGUGAAACCGAAGACGAAGAGACACCAUUGCAGGUUAAACUGAACGGUGUGGCCACGAUUAUAGGGAAGAUCGGUUUGGCUUUUGCUCUCUUGACUUUUUUGGUUCUCACAGGAAGGUACAUAUCAGUAAAGGCAAGGGAAGGUGAAAUCAGAAAAUGGUCAGGAACUGACGCGCUGAGUCUCAUGAAUUUCUUUGCCAUUGCAGUGACCAUUCUUGUCGUUGCUGUUCCGGAAGGAUUGCCAUUGGCAGUGACAUUAAGCUUGGCUUUUGCAAUGAAGAAAUUGAUGAACGACCGGGCUUUAGUUAGGCAUCUCUCUGCUUGUGAGACAAUGGGUUCUGUCACCUGCAUUUGCACAGACAAAACAGGAACGUUAACCACAAACCACAUGUCUUCAUUAUCAGAGAAGGCAUUGACAGUUCUUUUGCAUUCCAUAUUUCAAAAUACGGGAGCGGAAGUCGUGAGGGAUAAAGACGGAAAGAAUAACAUAAUCGGCUCUCCAACAGAGACAGCAUUGUUAGAGUUUGGUUUGACACUUCAAGGAGAUUUCCAUUCAAAAAGCAAGGAAUUGAAGAUUGUGAAACUCGAACCUUUCAAUUCAGUGAAAAAGAAAAUGUCUGUUCUUGUGGCUCUUCCUGGAGGUGGUGGGCAUCGGGCAUUCUGUAAGGGAGCAUCAGAAAUCAUAUUGAGAAAUUGCAAUAAAGUUCUUGACAAAGACGGGCAGUCUAUGGCCCUAUCUGAUGAUCAGAGGAAUAAUAUCUCCAAUGUUAUAAACACAUUUGCUUGUGAAGCUUUAAGAACACUUUGUUUGGCUUUUCAAGAUGUGGAAAGCGAUUCUAGUAUUCCAGAAAACGAUUAUACACUGGUAGCUGUCAUUGGAAUCAAAGAUCCGGUCCGGGUUGGCGUGAAAGAAUCUGUUGAGACUUGUUUGGCUGCAGGAAUCAAAGUGAGAAUGGUGACAGGUGAUAACAUCAAUACUGCCAAGGCCAUAGCCAAAGAAUGUGGCAUACUGACUGAAGAUGGUAUAGCCAUUGAAGGCCCUGAUUUUCGCGAAAAAAGCCCUCAGGAGAUGAAGGAGAUAAUGCCAAAGUUGCAGGUGAUGGCUAGAUCACUGCCACUAGACAAACAUAAAUUAGUGACUAUGUUGAGAAAGGAUUUCCAAGAAGUGGUGGCCGUGACUGGUGAUGGCACUAAUGAUGCUCCUGCUUUGCAUGAAGCCGACAUCGGAUUAGCCAUGGGCAUAGCGGGAACAGAGGUUGCCAAAGAAAGUGCUGAUGUUGUGAUAAUGGAUGAUAACUUCACAACUAUACUGAAUGUAGCAAAAUGGGGUCGCUCAGUCUACAUUAACAUCCAGAAGUUUGUUCAGUUCCAGUUAACAGUAAAUGUUGUCGCUCUCAUGACAAACUUUGUUUCUGCUUGUAUUUCAGGCUCAGCACCCCUCACAGCAGUUCAGCUGCUAUGGGUGAAUAUGAUAAUGGACACCCUGGGAGCUUUAGCACUAGCAACAGAACCUCCAAACGAUGAACUUCUGAACCGGCCACCCAUUGGAAGGACAGUCAAUUUCAUCACAAGGAUCAUGUGGAGGAACAUUAUAGGUCAAAGCAUCUAUCAGCUGGCAAUCCUUGGUCUCCUCAAGUUCAACGGCAAGCAUCUCCUACAUCUUGAGGGCCCAUUUUCUACUGCAACUCUUGACACCAUGAUUUUCAACACCUUUGUCUUCUGCCAGGUAUUCAAUGAAAUAAACAGCAGGGAUAUGGAGAAGAUAAACAUUUUCAGAGGCAUGUUUGGGAGUGGGAUAUUCAUGGGGAUCAUACUCUCCACAGUGGCAUUUCAGGUUAUAAUAGUGGAAUUCUUGGGGGCAGUUGCAGACACAGUGCCAUUGAGUUGGAACUUAUGGUUAGCCAGCAUACUGAUGGGAGCAGCGAGCUUGAUCGUUGGGGCUGUCCUCAAAUGCAUUCCUGUUACACUAACCAAGGACAGUGAAACAGUCAAGAGCCAUGAUGGUUAUGAAAAACUCCCAUCUGGACCAGACCUAGCUUAAAGAUUAGUUAGAACAGCUGCAAAGCUUUGCUCCUUGCCAAAUUAUACAGGAUGUAGCCAAGAAAAUUCAUUUACUAGCUAACUCUAGAUAUAAGGUUAUUUUUCCAUUACAUUAUUGAGCUUUGAGACUCCCCUAGCAAUUAGUUUUUGCCUGUUCCACUUGAUUUACAGUAAAAAUUUAACACUAGU